CUAAAGUUAGUCUUUCAUUCACGCGCCGUCGACUCGAUUUGAUAUUAAAGAUGGCCAUCCGUUCAAUGUGUAAAUCAUGAAAAUCCGUGUAUAAAUGCAUUGUAAAUUUGUAUAUACGCUCGAACUAGUUAAAAUCAAAUUUGUACAUAGACAAUGAACAAAGUAGAUAGUAAAAGAAAGGACUGCGCGCCCACGGGCGGCUGUGAGCCGCCCUCGAACGGCUCGAAAUGUGAACUGCAGCAGUCCGUGUGCGACAACAUCGAGAAAAUAAAGCUAAAGACGAAGGCGCUCAACGGAGUCGUCAACGGCACCGAUGUCGACGUCGUCCACGAGGAACACCCGCCCAUGGCGAAGACUGACACAUCACAAGCAGAUACUACAAAAGUAGAAGGAAGCAGUGAAGAGAAAGAAACCAAGCAGAAAAAGGCCAAAAAGAAGAGGAAUAAGAAUGAUAUUCAUGCAGAAUCCAACUCACACCCAUGUCUUCAUGAUGACUUUGACAUCACAAGCAUAAUUAGAGACAAGUACAAGCAGGAAGCAGGCAGCAGUGAUGAAAAGCUCAAAAUAGUGGUGAAUCACUUUGAAAAGAUUGAGUUAAAAGAUGAUAAAUCAACAGUGAUACCAGAUCCAGAGCUGCCAAGGGUAGAGAAUCCAACGAUUGAAUAUGUUGCCUAUCAGUCUGAGCUACAAAUGCCACUUAUAAUGAAGAUAAUCCAGAAAGACUUGUCAGAACCUUAUUCAAUAUACACAUAUAGGUAUUUCAUUCAUAAUUGGCCCAAUUUAUGCUUUCUGGCAAUGCACGAAAGUAAAUGCGUGGGCGCAAUCGUGUGCAAGCUGGACAUGCACAGAAAAGUAAUAAAGCGAGGAUAUAUCGCCAUGCUCGCUGUAGACAAGCAGUACCGCAAACAUGGAUUGGGUUCAACAUUAGUUAAGCGCGCUAUUCAAGAGAUGAUCGCUGGCGACGCUGAUGAGGUUGUUCUGGAGACGGAGAUUACCAAUCGGCCUGCGUUGCGGUUGUACGAAGCACUGGGUUUCGUGCGCGACAAACGUCUCUUUCGCUACUAUCUCAAUGGCGUAGACGCACUGCGCCUCAAACUGUGGCUCAGAUGAGGCACGCGACACCGCGGUGCUUGAGCUCAGGGUAUCGUCGUUUAGUUGUAGAAAUUUGCGAUCUGGCGAAAGUUACACAACCGGGUAGGAGACUAUACGCUACCUCAACAAUAAUGUAACGAGUAACGGAGUAACUACGUAAUGCAACAAGCUGGAUGCGCAAGAACGACACAUGUCUGCGUGAGGACUUCAUUUGUGUGUACAAACAAUGAUUUGUUACCCGAUUACUUUUGUUUGAAAUUUGAUGGUUUUUAAAACAGCGUCCUGUUGAGCUAAAAGUGCACGUGGUGAUACCGACUCCCCCCCACACCAUCGACCAAUUUCGUUAACAUUGGAUGUAAUUCUAAUUCUAGUCUCGGUUAUAAAUUGACUUAGCGCAUAAUUAAUUGAUAAUAACUUUUUACGUUCUGGAUGGCAAACGCAAUACGAUGGAUACGAGUAAAGACACGUUCAUCUACGAGAAAAUACCAAAACUACAUGGAAAUGCAAUCGCUUUACAUGUGUUAAACCAACUAUUAACAUAUAUCUUAAUAUGUUGUACAUAAAUGAUGAGAAAUAAUUAAUUAACAAAUUAAUAGGAAUCGAUUUCACGCCUCCUGCAGAAAGCUAAACAUUGAAAUUGUGCAAAUUCACAGCAAUCUUUUAAAUAUUUUGAUUAUUGUAUUACCACGUGAACAAACUUUAAUAUUAUGCAAUAGAUUGCGUACAAAAUGGUAUGGUAAUCGUUUUUGGAAUGAAAUGACGUGAAUUCGAAUAUGAGCUAGUACUUUGUUGAUUUAUUAAACAAUAAAAUAUGAAGACUAACAA